UCAUGUGACCAAGGCAAAAUGGAGUCUAUGCGAAACCACCGAGCGUGACGUCUACCAACUAAUUCAUGACUGAACGAGAGGGUACUGUUGGAUAUAUUCUCGUAGAUACCAGGCUGGUUUGGAAAACCCAAAAUGAAUUCUGGCCGAGGAGCAGAACAUCCAGGUCUUACUCUUGGCGGCGAAAAAACUGAAUAUAUUCCAAGUUGGUUGGCUGCACUUUUUCACUCGUUUCCCCACAUUAGCCUAAAAUUCCGGUUGUCCAAUUCGACGUUCAAUUUAGAUGAUGAAGAAUAUAUACAGUCCCUGGGUUUUGCAGCUGCUCUCCCGGUGUUGCUACUGUUACUGGUGCUCUUCAUAUUCUCAAUUUACUGUUGCUGUCGAUGUUCAAGUUGCUGUAACAAGAAUGCUGCUUCUCCGAGAAGGAAGAACACCCCCUGUUUAAAGUGGACCAUAGCCAUAAUUACUCUUCUAACAUGUGGUGUACUUGCCAGUGGUUUGUUUGGCAAUGAAAAGUUCAACAAGGGUGUACUACAGGUGCGGCUGGCAGGUUCUUCAGCUGCAGAAACCAUAGACAGUGCUAACGAUGUGGUUGGGGACAUGGGGACAACCAUUAAUAACAGUAUAGUUGUUGGAGUGAAUGGUUUUGAUGCCCUGUUCAAAAAGUCUCCUGUUCCUAAUGCCACCAUCGGCCUGAUGCUGGACAAGGACCUCCAAGCCAUGGUUCAACAGGGACGGAACAUCAUGAAAUAUGCCUCAGAAAUCCACAAAGAUGCUGACACGUCACAAAUAAGAAAGAUUCUGGAGGAUAUAAAACAGUAUGAAGGUUACAGGUGGUUGGCCACCAUUGUAGUACUUAGUUUUGAACUCUUGAUAUGUCUUCUCCUGCUGAUAGCUGUCAUGACUGAGUCCAAGGCUUUGUUGAUGGUCUGUACAGCAUUUGUUGUGUUUAACCUGAUCAUAUCAUGGCUCACUGCCGGAGUCUAUCUUGGAGUGUCUGUGGGAGCAGGUGACCUCUGUGUAGAUCCAGAUCAGUUUGUUUCUGAAGAAGCUAAAAAAUCUGGCUUUGUAGACCAAGCUGUAGUCCAUUACUACAUUACCAAUUGUACAUCACUGUCAGAUAAUCCUUUCAGAGACGAUCUACAGAGUGCUUCAGCUAGUGUGAGCAAAAUCAAUUCUUCGCUGACAGACAUUGUUUGGUUGGCUUCACCUUUCUUUGAACAGUAUCAAAUUGACCAGUAUUCCAAUCCAAUAAGACAGGACCUGAAGAAGCUGGUUGGUGAUCUGGAAAACCUCCAGUCAAUGGUGGACUGCACUCCAAUACACAACGACUAUGUGUCUGCACUGAAAGGGAUGUGUUAUAAAGGCCUUGAUGGUCUAGCAUUCAUGCUGUUAUCAGCUGCAGUGACUGGAUUCCUGCUAGCAUUUGUAAUUGUGUUCAACUCAAGAGCCUGGAGGCAUUGGGGAAAGAGAUUAAAAAGGAAAGGGCGUUAUUCCUCCAUUGAUGAAGAUGAUCCAUUCCUUCCUAACAUCGAUCAAGACUCCGACCAAACUCCAGUGAAAUAUUAUAGAUCCAGGGGCCCUUAUACAAAUAUAGAGGAAGAUGAUCCAUUCUUACCUCGACUUGGGCCUGAGCAAAGUCGCCCGACUAGCCCACUUCUAACUGAACAGACUCCUAGGUAUGGCACUUUUGGGAAUAGGUCCCUUAGCCAUGAGGGUCUCCUCUCUUCUCUGUCUGUUAGUACUGCUGUUGGGCAGCUGAGGAGAGAAAGACUGGUACUACAGAACAGAGACCAGGGCUCACCUCCCCCUGCAUAUGAAUAUUAUGCUGACCAUGGCCGAAGCAGAUACGCCACUGGGACAGCAUCCCCUACUGAUGUGUAGUUUUGAGCAAUUCACAUGUGAUGCCGCAACCUCAUUCUUCUAUCAGUGGACCAAGUGGACAUUGGUCAGAUUGGAGCGAAGUUCUUUCAUAUGACAGCUUUCAACAAUCAUGCUGAGAGAAAUUUGUCAUGACCCCAGAUUGAGCAGCCUCUUCUUUAACAAUUUUCCGCUAAGCCAACAACAUUAUGUGGCUUACUUUAUAAUGGUCCUCUUCUCACAAUGGGCUAAAGCACACUAAUCUGACUCACUUAUAUAUCAAGAGGAUAUAUAUAUAGGACACAAAAAGCCACAAGCAAAAUAAUGAUAAUUUGAUUGAAACAUCAAAUAUGCUCUGGUGCUUUUACUUCUAAUGGACAUCUUAUAGGUUGUCUCAUAGUUUUUAUCAGACAAAGUAUUUAUUCUAAGGGGACUGUUGAGAUGAUACCCACACCGCUCAGGUAACAAAGCUCAGUAUCUGAGACAUUAGAUGUAGACUUAGUGGCAAUAUAGUUAUUAAAUUAUAUAUACCACCACUCCCUUAUUAGCCAAGGGUUGUGCAGUUCUAGGAUCCAACAAGGCUGGAUCCAAGUGCAGUUUUAACUUAAAGUUAAUACUUCUCAAGUAUUCAAAGACUAUGAUUUACACGUUUUAACUGAAUGUUAGUAGUUAUAUGUCUAAUGAUUAACUUUUAAGCAGCCAAAGGUAUUAUUAGCAAUUGAACUGUACAGUUUUUGUUUCCAAAUGGAUGUAUUUUUCCCCAUUACUUAUAUUAAACUACUUCACAUAUGGAGCUUCUUUUUAGGUAAAGUGAUUAAUUUUUUUCUUUCACAAACAAAUAUGAAAUGUCAACAUUAUCUGUAAAAUAUUGAUUUUGACAAGGUAAAGGCACCCAUUUAUAAUUUCAUAAUAUUGCAAAAUGUAAGACAUAUUAUUGAAUACUGUUAUUUUAUGUGUGUCUCGAUAUUCUGGAGGGUCUUUUGUCCAGUGAUUCUUUUUCCAACUUGUAAUGCCCUAUCAGAUGUUCAUUAGCACAAAGCUUCAAUGACAAAUGCCUUAAGAAAAUAAAGGGAUGCAGAAACCUAUUAUAAGUUAUGAAAACAGGAUGUCUUGUAAACCCACUGGACUUCGGCCUGUCAGGACACACCCUGUUUUGCUGCUUUGCCAAGUAAAGAUUUGACUGAUAGGGGGAUUUGAGAUAGCGUGAACCUCAGGGGCUAGAAAAAUGUAAGCAGCAUUUAAAGGCAGAGAAGCAAAUGUACUUAAAUAGUCAUGAUGAGCUUUAAUUUUUGUUGUAAUUGGAGCUUUGGUGUCCCAUUAUGUUGUCAGAAAAUUAAGUAUUUAAAAAUCUGUUGUUGUCUGUUCAUUGAUUCACAUUUUUAAAUGAAAACACAAUUUUGCUGUGCCAUGUUACACAUAGAUGGUACCAUUAUAAAAAGUUUCUUUAGCCUCUGCUGUGAAGAAUUGCUUUUUUUUUUUUAAAUCAUUGUAAAAGUUCCUUUUUUUCUGAGAUAUUUCAUUUCAAGUUCUUUGUUUUAUGGUUUUAACAUAAAACUCUUUACUUAAUCUUGCCUUUAUACAUAUAUAUCACAACCAUUAUUUGGUUAUAAGUACAGUUGCUUUUAUAAUAGUCUUUUUUGUACCUUUUUUCCUGUAAACAGUAUGCUUACUGAAAUUAUAAUAACAAUACUUAAAAAACAAAAUAGUUUUCCUUUGAAAUUUUGAAAUAAAGUUUCAUGUAUUUGUCAGAAAAAAAAGGGAUGAAAAUCCUUGGUGAAAUAGAUUAGAAGGAAACAGCCACAUUGACUGAAGACCACAAUGGAAAUUCUCUUUUCCUAAUGUAUUGAAUUACAUCAUUUUAUCCUUGGCGAGUUUUCUUCUUCUUUUGCAUUUUUCUGCAAAGUUAUAUUAUUCACUUUUCAAACUGAGCAAAAGGAAAAAGAGGUACAAAAAAUAAAAAAAAAUUGACCCACGUGUGUGAACAUUUAACUGUAUAAGUGUUGAGAAUAUUCUUGGCAUUUAACUUAUUUGUGGACGUGCUAUUAUAUUUUUUCUACUUAAAUUUAGUUUAGUUUAGGGCAUGUCAUUGUAAUGGGUAUCAGUGAGAAUCAUAUCAGUUUAGUCUUAUUUGGAAUGGAAUAUGCAGGAACUUUGUUCAAUUAUAUCUUGAAGAAUACCAUUUUACCAGUGAGUGCACAUCUUAUCAGCAUGAAGAACAUUAGUAUUAUACAUUUAAAGAAACCUGAAGAAGAAUUCUUCUGUAAUGUACUUUACAGGUCUAUUCGAAUAGUGGAGCAGAAAUAAUGAAGUUUUUAACGUAAUCAAGAUGUUAUAAUAUAUUAGACUAAUCUGGUGAUCAGUGUGAAAAUUGUGACUGGUUUUUAAGGUUCCAACAUGGUGGCUAGAUUCUUUAUGCUGUAUUAACUGAGAAAUGCAUGGUAAUAUUGUAGUUCAGUUUUAUGUCAUGGGAAAUGACACUACAUUCAUGCCAAUCUUUUUUUAUCAUGUUACACUUUCGUCUCAACUUAGUUUUGCCAUUUCUUUAUAUUUUGCUUGGCUGUGAUAAAUAAAUCAUACCUUUAACAAC